AGGAAGUAAGAAAGCGUGCUUAGAACAGCAAAAGUUCUGUUUUUAGAUUCUUCAACUGAUAAAACUCUUGAGAGAGCCGUGUCGUGCAGCCACGGAGAUACUCCUGCAGCGCGGAAGGGCACCGGUGCACUGAGAGGGCGACCCAAGGGCGUUUAGGGGCGGGACAGAGCACUGGACCAGGCAGACAGCUGAAGGACGGUUACCGGCAGGACUGCCCGGCGGACCCGUCCGGCGACAGCCCGUCCUCCCAGCGCCCCGCUUGCCGCAGCGCGGCCGCCCAGAGUCGCCCCCACACUCCUUGCGGCCCCGCGAAGUCACCACUAUGACCACGCGGCUCCUCCGCGGAUUCCUGCGCCUCUGGGGCGGCCUCAGUGCGCCGCGCCCGCCGCCGGCCGCGAGGUGUUCUCAUUCUGGAGUUGAAGAACGUCUAGAAAGUUCUUCUGCUAAAAAAUUAACAGAUAUAGGAAUCAGACGAAUCUUUUCUUCAGAGCAUGACAUUUUCCGGGAAAGUGUAAGAAAAUUUUUUCAAGAAGAAGUAAUUCCUUAUCACGCAGAAUGGGAGAAAGCUGGAGAAGUGAGUAGGGAGCUUUGGGAAAAAGCUGGAAAACAAGGACUGCUCGGUAUCAAUGUUGCCGAGCAUCAUGGUGGUAUUGGUGGAGACCUCUAUUCGGCAGCUGUUGUGUGGGAAGAGCAUGAUUUGCAAGGAGUAAGAACAAAUGCCAAAAAGGAUGGGAGUGACUGGAUCCUCAAUGGGAGCAAGGUAUUCAUCACAAAUGGCUGGCUGAGUGAUGUUGUGAUAGUGGUUGCAGUCACAAAUCGUGACGCUCGCUCCCCUGCCCAUGGCAUUAGCCUUUUUCUGGUGGAAAAUGGGAUGAAAGGAUUUAUCAAGGGACAAAAGCUGCAUAAAAUAGGAUUAAAAGCCCAGGAUACUGCUGAACUAUUCUUUGAAGAUGUACGCUUGCCAGCUAAUGCUCUACUUGGAGAAGAAAAUAAAGCCUUCUAUUACCUCAUGAAAGAGCUUCCACAGGAAAGGCUAUUGAUUGCUGACGUGGGAAUUUCAGCCAGUGAAUUCAUGUUUGAAGAAACCAGGAACUACGUUAAACAAAGAAAAGCUUUUGGGAAAACAGUUGCACAGAUACAGACGGUGCAGCAUAAGCUAGCAGAACUAAAAACACACAUUUGUGUAACCAGGGCUUUUGUGGACAGCUGUCUCCAGCUCCAUGAAACGAAACGUCUGGACUCUGCCACUGCCUCCAUGGCAAAAUACUGGGCAUCUGAGUUACAAAACAGUGUAGCUUAUGACUGCGUACAGCUCCAUGGAGGUUGGGGAUACAUGUGGGAGUACCCAAUUGCAAAAGCUUAUGUGGAUGCUCGAGUUCAGCCAAUCUAUGGUGGUACCAAUGAAAUAAUGAAGGAGCUGAUUGCAAGAGACAUCAUCCAUGACAAGUAGACAUCUGCCCACAUCCUGGAAUCCUAUUACUGCUAAUCUGGUUUGAAAUCUACUCAAGAUAAAAUGCAACCUGGCAAGGGGGGGAACACUAAACAUUGUUUUGUAUGCUCUUUCUAUAGAGAAAUAAAUAAAAUAUAACAUUAACACAGUGAAAGGAGAACUCUUUGGAUCUGAAGAUUCUAAAAUUCUCCAAUACAAGCUUUCACUUUUAAUUUUUUAUAUAGCUAAUGGUCAAAAAAUUUUUAUAAAUAUAUCCCUAAAAUUCUAAAAAACAUUAUUGCUUAGCUCUUUAAAUUUGAGGCAGAAUAAUUUUGUAUUGUUACACUAUAAAAACAUUCAUAGUAUUUCAGCACAUUAACUUCUAAAGGGAAAAAGAAAUACAAUUUUGAAUGUUAACUAAUUUCAGCUAUCAUUUGCUCCAAACUUCCCAGAACAGUAUGGUUUUCAUCCUUCUACCCCACCUUCCUGUUUUUUUAUAUUAUUUAUUUAUUUAUUUUUUACCCCACCUUCCUAUUUUUAAGCAAGAGAACUUGUUCUUCAAACAAAAGCUUACAUAGAAAGUCCCAGUGCAAUGCUGAUGAAUGCAGAGCUGCUGUGGUUGAAGCAGGAAGGCUUCCUACCCUACAGCUUUGAAACCCCUAACCUGUAGGGCUCUGCUGAGCAUUUGCCUAAUCCCAUCAGGAAAUGCCUUUGGUUAUCUCAACUACUGACACCCGGGCUUUCAACAGAUUUCCAGUCCAGUUUAAUUUAUAGAACACAGAAUAAUCUAUGACCCUUUAAUUUUAAGAUAUAUUUUAUAGAUGUCAAAACAAUCAAUGGAUUUUAUUUGAGAACAGUUUAUUUAUUAAUUUAACAAAUACUUUGUGUCUUCUCUAAACCAGGCUGUUAAAAAUAAUGACAGUAAACAAAACUGGCAAGAUCCCUGCUAAUGAAUAAGUGAAUAAGCAAGUAAUAAUAAACAAGGUAGUAAGUAAUUUGAUAAUUUCAAAUUGUAAUAAAUGCAAUAAAAGAAGGAAAUAAGGUAAGCAUUUAAAAUAGGAAAGUGAAGAAAUGACAUUUCAACUUGAGAUUUAGCAAUUAUUAUCAAACAAUAAAUCAUUAAUUUGCAAAUUAAUCAUUUUGUUUAUACGCUUGGCUGCUAACCAAAAGAUUGGCAGUUCAAGUCCACUGAAAGAUGCCUUGGAAAAAAGACCUGGUAAUCUACUUCUGAAAGUCAGACAUUGAAAACCCUAUGAAGCACAGUUCUUCCCUGACACUCAUGGGGCCACCAUGAGUCAGAAUCUACUGGACGCUGGAAAGCAUCAUUUCAGUACUUGUUUUUCUUUGCAUAUAAUGGUGAGACAGCAAAUAAAGUAAUUUUUAAAUGGAAGUAGAUGUAUUGCAGUUCAGCUCAGAAAACCUAAACAUUUUAUUUGCUAUUAUUGAAACUAAACAUUGUGUUUUAAUACAACCAUUACAACUGAGUAGAGCAGAAAACAACAACAACAAAAAAACCAAACCCGUUGCCAUCAAGUCGAUUCUGACUAGAGACCCUAUAGGGCAGAGUAGAACUCCCCCAUAGGGUUUCCAAGGAGCGCCUGGUGGAUCCAAACUGCUGACCUUUUGGUUACAUCUAGGAAACCCUAUGGGGCAGUUCUACUCUGUCACAUGGAUGUUAUGACCCGGAAUGACUGGCACACAACGACAAGACCCUCACAGUUCCUUUCCCUUCCAUUCCCAAGCUUAAAGGAAACUAGAUUUUUGGAAUAAAACAUCUCUAGAAGAAAAAGGAAAUUAGCAUAGUAGGAAAAGCUUAAGUAGAGGUAGGUAGAGCUGGGUUUGAAUGAUUGGUCUGCUAUUUAGGAGCCACUGGACCUGGAGCAGGUUAUUUAACUCUCCAGGCUUCUUUAGGCUUCUUUCAGAUACAAAUGAAAAAAGAAACCCAACCCAAGACAAUCUAAGUAAAAACUAGGGCCACGAGGGCCUGAUUCUGGGGGCUCAGAACUGAAAGCAGGGCGGUAUUUUUAAAAGAAAGGAAACAAAAAAAGUUGAGCAGACCUAAUUCACACACACACACACACACACACAAAGCUACCGCAGCCCACUGCACCUGGUAAUUUUUAUACAUCAAUACAUCAGAAAGUGAAAGGAUUUCUAUGGUAGGAUAUUUCCUCGGAAUUAUUUCUGGGAUGUUUUCUCACUUCUAAGUCCAUUCUUUCUCUUACCAACUCCAGUCUUGUUUUACACCCCCAAAAGAAGGAUAUGUUGUACCAUGGCCUAAAAGCUGAAAGCAAAAAAGGGAAUUCAGGGUGUGCUUUUUAACCUUUCAUUUGGUUUUCAUUUCUUAAACAACUGAUCUUUUGUGUUUUGCUUGUGUGGCUUUGAUUGCUGGCCCCUAGGGAGGCAACUUAUCAUCUGUAUGUCAUGCAGUGCUGAGUGCUAGAGAAACGAUAAAUAAUAAUAAUGCUCAAAAGAACAGAGUGGACCAACACAGCAAGAAAGCAACACUGUGUAAAUAAUUAAUGAGAGUUAAAGAGCCUGAGUAAUUUUGUUUUUCGCUGAGAUUUUUAGGAUCAGAAUUAUUGCUUUAAAAUUGUGUUCGCCCCUUAUUUCUUUGAUGGUGUAAUUGAAAAUGACAAUAUGCAAAAGAAGCUGUUUUGGUUUGCGAUAGAAAAAAUCUAACUCUGCAAAUCUUUACUAAAUCUAGUAAUUUUAGUAGUUUUUGGCUCAGAGUGUAAGAUUUCUAGAUUGUUUUUUCAUAUGUCAGUAUUAUUUUUGGCACACACAGCAUUUAUUUAUUUGGAGCAUUAGAUUUGACAUCAAGAUUGAAACCAACUGUAACUUAUCAUGUCUACUGCUUUAAAGUAAAUGUUGAAAAGAAGUUCUACUCCAUUUUUGAAAAUCUCAUUUUCCAUUUUAAGAAAAGAUUAUGAAAACUUCAAACAUACUUAAAAAUGCAGAGUGUAGUAUAAUGAACCUCCAGCUUCAACAUUUAUCAACAUUUUGCCAGGCUGUCUCCCCCACUUUGUUUCAUGAAGUUUUUUGAAGCAAAUCCGAGACAUCAGGCUAUUUCACACACGUAUAUAUUUCAGAAUACAUGUCUAAGUGAUGAAUAUUUUCACAUAACCACAGGGCCAUUAUCAUAUUUUAAAAACUUAAAUUUAGUAUAUAAUCCCCAGUUCACAUGAAAUUUUCUGUGGUUGUAUCAAAAAUGCCUUUUGUAUCUGGUUUCUUAAAAUCAGGAUCCAAACAGUGUCCACAGAUUGCAUUUGGUUGUAUUUUCUCCCAAGGUCCUUUUAUUUUGUAAGUCCUUCCUCUCUUCUUUUUUUCCCCUUUCUUUUUAAAAUUUUAUUUUUUUAAUUGACAGACAGUAAAAUUGCCUGUUUGUGUUUUAAACAAGCAACUACUACCACAAUCAGGAUACAGAAUAGUUCUAUCACCCCCAAAAUUCCCUCAUGCCAUCUUGUUAUUGUCACAUCCUCCCCACACCGCUAACCCCUGGCGACCACUGAUCCGUUCUCUGUUGUUCUGGCUUUGAUGCUUUUGGAGACUGUCAUAUAAUUGGAAUCAUACAAUGUGUAACAUUUUGAGACUGACUUCUUUCUCUUAUCAAAACGCAUUAAUGUUCAUUCAUAUUGAGUGAAUCAAUAGCACAUUCCUUUUUAAGCACUGAAGAGUAUUCCAUUGUAUGGAUGUACCAUUGUUUGUUUAUUCAUUCACCUGCUUAAGGGUAUCUUGGUGGCUAAGGAUAAAAAAGGAAUAGAAGGAUUGUUGGAUCACAUGGUGUAUUCAUCAGGGUUCUCCAGAGAAACAGAACCAAAAGGAUGGAUAGGCAGGCAGGUAGGCAAUAGUUAGAUAGGUAGGUAGGUAGGUAGAUGAUAAAAAAAAAAAUGUAGAUGAUAGGUAGAUAUUUAUUUUAAGAAACUGGCUCAUGCAACUGUAGGGGCUAGCAAGUGUGAAAUCUCUUUGUCAGGCAAGGCUAGAGACUAUGGCAGGAUGUCUGCUACAGUCUUGAGACAAUAUUCCUUCUCUCUUACCCUUAAGUCCUUCAACUGACUGGAUGAGGCCCAGCCACAUUAUGGAGGGUAAUUUACUUAAGUUGGUUAACUUAUAAAUGUUAAUCACAUGUGAAUAUUUUUAUAGCAACAUUCAGACUACUGAACAACAGCACCACAGCUUAGCCAAGUUUACACAUGAAAUCAACUAUCACACAUGCUAUCUUAGUUAUCUAGUGUGGCUGUAAGAGAAAUACCACAAGUGGAUGGCUUUAACAAAGAGGAAUUUAUUCUCUCACAGUCUAGCAUGCUAGAAGUCUGAAUUCAGGGGGUCAGCUCUAGGGGAAGGUUUUCUCUCUCUGUGGACUCUGGAGGAAGGUUGUUGUUAUCAAUCCUCCCCUGGUCAAGGAGCUUCUAAACCCAGGGACACCAGGUCCAGAGGACGUGCUAUGCUGCUGGUGCUUCUUUCUUGGUAGUAUGAGAUCCCCCAUGUCGCUCUACUUGCUUCUCUAUUUUAUAUCUCAAAAGAGAUUGGCUUAAAACACAAUCUAAUCUUGUAGAUUGAGUCUUGCUAUGACUGCUGCUAAUCCCAUCGCAUCAACAUCAUAGAGGUAGGAUUUACAACACAUAGAAAAAUCACAUCAGAUGACAAAAUGGUGGAUAAUCACACAAUGCUAAGAAUCAUGACCUAGCCAGAUGGAUGCACAAAUUUUGGGGGGACACAAUUCAACCCAUGACACAUGGUAGGUAUAUGUUUAACUUUAUAAGAAACUGCCAAACUUUUUCCAGUGUCUGUACCAUUUUGCCUUCCAAUCAGCAGUAUAACAGUUCCACUUGCUCAGCAUCUUCUCCAGUUCUCGCAUAUUUUACUUUAGCCAUUCUAAUAGCAAGUAGUAGUAUCACAUUGUAGUUUUAAUUUGCGUAUCCCUAAUGUCUAAUGAAGGAGCCGUGGUGGCGCAGUGGUUAAGUGCUUGGCUGCAAACCAAGAAGUCAGCAGUUCAAACCCACCAGCAGCUCCAUGAGAAAAAGAUGUGGCAGUCUGCUUCCAUAAAGAUUACAGCCUUGAAAACCCUGUGGGGCAGUUCUGUUCGGUCCUGUAGGGUUGCUAUGAAUCAGGAUCAACUUGACGCCAGUGGGAUUAUGGGUAAUGUGUAACGAUGCUGAACGUCUUUUAAUAUGCUUAUUUGCCUUGCAUAUAUCUUCUUUGAUGAAUUGUUCAGAUUUUUUGCCUGUUUUUUUAAUUCAGUCACUUGUUUUUAUAAUAUUGAGUUUAGGAAUUUUAUAUAUUCUGGAUACUCAAGCAAGAGGAAAGUAAGGCCAGGCCGACAAAUUCAGAGUUGAUUACUUACAUAGGCAGUGAAAAGAAAAGUAGCCCAAUGUGCCAGCUCUCCAUGACCCUUGUACAGGUUGACACCAAAACGAAAGUUGACUGCAACAAGAAUUAUGGGACACCUUGUUGCUGAGGAGCCCAUUCCGUGCUGCAGCUAAGCAGUUUUAUAGCCUGCAGGCAUUCCUGAAAAGAGGAGGAAGGUGAGGCAGAAAGCCUCUGUGGUGAAUUGAGUUGAAUUCCUGACCAUUGUGCCUGUGGAUGUGAUCCUGUUUAGAAAUGGGGUUUUUCUUUUAUGUUGAUGGGACCAUGCUGGUGUAGGGUGGAUCUUAAACCUAAUCACUUCUGAGUUAUAAAGGAACUAGAAUAGACACAGGGACACGCACAUGGGGGAAGAUAGAUGCUGUGUGAGGAUCAUCUCCAACUAAGGAAUGCCAAGGAACCAAGGAAUGCCUAGGACCAAAAAAGCAAUUGGCAGGGCCUUGGUGGUGCAAUGGUUAAAAGCUUGGCUGCUAACCAAAAGUCAGCAGUUCAAAUUUAUCAGCCGUUUUUUGGAAACACUGGGGCAAUUCUACACUGUCCUGUAGGGUUGUCAUGGGUAGGAAUCUACUAGACACCAAUUGGUAAACCCUGGUUUGGACCAAGAGAAAAUAUUUCCUGUUUUUUAAAGCCAUCCCCCUGUAGUAUUUGUGUUACAACAGCACUAGCAAACUAAGACAGCCUCAUACCUCCGCCUUGAGACAAGGAGACAAUGAGAAACUGUCUCAUGACAGCCAUCUUGGUAGAUAGGGAAGCGAAUGAGAAACGGCUGUGUAGCAAUUGCUCAUAGGCUUCCCAUGCUCUCGCUGCGGGAAGAUCACGAAGUAUUCUGCCAAGAUUCAACUGUGGUUAAAGCUUUGCCUAUGUGGCCUGUGUGGAAGCAGGCAAGAUCAUCAGGUGCUGGCAUGGGGUUGUUCCCCUACAAAUACAAGUCCUUUGUCAGAUACGUGACUUGUCAGUCCCAAUCCAAAUAUCAACAACAUUCUUUAAGGACAUGGAAAAACUAAUCAUUAACUUACAUGGAAAGGAAAGAUGCCCUGGAUAAGUAAAGCACUAUUGAAGAAGAAGAAGAAAGUAGGAGGACUUGCAUUACCUGACCUCACAACCCGCUAUACUGCUACAAUAGUCAAAACAGCCUGGUACUGGUACAAUGACAGAUACAUUUGACCCGUGGAACAGAACCGAGAACUGAGAACCCAGAUGUAAAUCCAACCACGUUGGGUCACCUGAUCCUUGACAAAGGCCCAAAGUCCAUCAAAUGGGGAAAAGUCAGUCUUUUUAACAAAUGGUGCUGGCAAAACUGGAUGUCCCUCUGCAAAAAAAUUAAACAGGACCCAUGCUUCACACCAUACACAAAAACUAACUCAAAAUGAAUCAAAGACCUAAAUAUAAGACCAAAAACUACAAAGAUCAUAGAAGAAAAAAUGGGUCAAAACUAUAGGCCCUAAUAUAUGGUAUUAAAAUGAUACAAACCAUAACUAACAAUACACAAACACCAGAAGAUAAGCUAAAUAACUGACAUCUUCUAAAAAUUCAACACGCUCAUCAAAAGAGUAAAAAGAGAACAUACAGGCUGGGAAAAAAUUUUGGGCUAUGACAAAUCUGACAAAAGUCUAAUCUCUAAAAUCUACAGGAAAAUCCAACAUUCUUACAACAAAAAGACAAAUAAUCCAAUUUAAAAAUGGGCAGAGGAUAUGAACAGACAUUUCUCCAAAGAAGACAUUCAGGUGGCUCACAGACACAUCAGGAUUACUAGCCGUUAAAAAAAAAAAGAGAGAAAUGCAAAUCAAAACUACAAUGAGAUAUAUCAUCUCACUCUAACAUUACUGGCAAGAAUCAAAAAAACUAACAAAUAUUGGAGAGGCUGCAGGGAUAUUGGAACUCUUAUGCACUGCUGAUGGGAGUGCAAAAUGGUGUAACCAUUUUAGAAAAUGAUAUGGCACUUCCUUUAAAAACUAGAAAUAGAAAUACUAUGUGAUCCAGCGACCCCACUCGUAGGAAUAUAUUCUAGAGAAAUAAGAGCUGUCACACAAAUAGACAUAUGCACACCCAUGUUCAUUGCAGCAUUGUUUAUAAUAGCAAAAAGAUGGAAACAACCUAGAUGCCCAUCAACAGAUAAAUAAACUGUGGUAUGUACAUACAAUGGAGUAGGAUGCAAUGGUAAAGAACAAUAACGAAUCUGUGAAGCAUCUCACAACAAGGAAGAAUCUGGAGGGCAUUAUGCUGAGUGAAAUAAGUCAAUCAUAAAAGGACAAAUAUUGUCUGAGACUACUACUAUAAAAAUUCAUGAAAAGGUUUACACACAAAAAGAAACAAUUUUUUGAUGGUUACAAGGGAGGGGAGGGGUGAGGAUGGAAAAACACUAAAUAGAUGAUAGAUAAGUGGUAACUUUGAUGAAGGGUAAAAUGGUGCACAAUACUGGGGAAGCCAGCACAACUUGCACAAGGCAAGGUCAUAGGAGCUCCAUGGACACAUCCAAACUCCCUGAGGGACCAAAUUACUGGGUUGAGGCUUGUGGGGACCACGGUCUUGGGGAACAUCCAGCUCAGUUGGCACAAUGUAAUUUUUAAGAAAAUGUUCUACAUUCUACUUUGGUGAGUUGUAUCUCGGGUCUUAAAAGCUUGUGAGUGGCCAUCUAAGAUGUUCUGAUGGUCUCACCCCACGUGGAGCAAGGGAGAAUGAAGAAAACCAAAGGUAGAGGGAAAGAUUAGUCCAAAGGACUAAUGGUUCACAACUACCACAGCCUCCACCAGACUGAGUCCAGCACACUAGAUGCUGCCCGGCCACUGUCACUGACUGCUCCGACAGGGGUCACAAUUGAGAGUCCUGGACAGAGCUGGAGAAAAAUGUAGAACAAACUUCUAACCCAAAACAAACAAACAAAAAAAAACAGGCUUACUGGUCUGACAGACACUGGAGAAACCCUGAGAGUGUGGCAUCCAGGCUCAGUAAUGAAGUCACUCCUGAGAUUCACCCUUCAGCCAAAGGUUAGACAGGCCCAUAAAACAAAACAAGACUAAAUGGGCACAGUGGCCCAUGGGCAAGGAUGAGAAGGCAGGAGAGGACAGAAAACUGGUGAUGAGGAAUCCAAGGCCAAGAAGGGAAAGUGUUGGCAUGUUGUGGGUUUGGCAACCAGUGUCACAAAACAAUGUGUAUUAAUUGUUUAAUGAGAAGCUAGUUUGCUCUGUAAACCUUCAUCUAAAGUACAAAAAAAAAAAAGCCAGAAAAAAUUAAGUUAUAUAUUAAAAAAAGAUACGUGAUCUGUAAAUAUUUUCUCCCUAUUUAUAGCUAGCUCUUUUGUUCUCCUAACAGUGGAUUUCACAAAGCAAAUGUUUUUAAUUUUGAUGAAUUCCAAUUUAUCAAUUUUUUUUCUUUUAUGGGUCAUGUAUUUGGUAUCAUGUCUAAGAACUCUUUGCCCAAACCUAAAGUUUUUCUCCUAUGUUUUCUCUAAUAAUUCUAUACUUUUACAUUGUAUGUUUAGAUCUAUGAUUUAUUAGUAAUUUUUGAUAAGGUGUGCAGUUUAAGUCAAUGUUUAUUUUUUGUUAAAAAGAUUAUUUUUACAAUUUUUGCCAGAAAAAUCAAUUGUCCGUAUUUGUGUGGUUCUGUUGGAAUCGACUCGAUGGCCGUGGGUUUGGUUUUUGGUUUAUUUCUGGACUCUGUUCUGUUUCAUUGAUCUAUAUGUAACUGCUUCUUUGCCAGUACUACAUUCUCUUAAUUAGCAUACUUUCUAUAGAAAGUCUUAAAAUUGCGUAAUGGGAUUCCUCUAACUUCUUUUUCAAAAUUGUUUUGUCUAUUCUAAUUUCUCUGCCUAGUCAUACAAAUUUUUUGACUUGUUUAUAUUUACAGAAAUUCCUGCUGGAAUUUUGGUUGGAAUUGCAUUAAACCUGUAGAUAAGUUUAGAGGGAACUGCCAUCUUUACUAUGCUGAGUCUUCUAAUCCGUGAACAGGUUAUGAACAGGUUCACUUCAGUCUUCUUUGAUUUCUUUCAUUAGCAUUUUGUAGUUUUCACCAUAUAAAUCCUGUACAUGUUUUGUUAUAUACUUAAGUAUUUCACUUUAUGGAAAACUAUUGUAAGGAGCCCUGGUGGCACAAUGGGUAAGUGCUCAUCUGCUAACCCAAAGGUUGGCAGUUCAAGCCUACUUAACGGCUCCACGGGGAAAAACACCUGGCGAUCUGCUUCCAUAAAUAUCACAGCUCAGAAAACCCUAUGGGGCAGUUCUACUGUGUCACAUUGGGUCACUGUGAGUUGGAAUCAACUCAACAACAUCUACGGGGUCGCUAUGAGUCAGAACGAAGUCAACGGCACAUAACAAUAACAAUGACACCUAACAAAAAUAAUACUGUAAAUUGUAUUGUUUAAUUCUGGUUUCCAACUGUUUAUUGCCAAUAUGAUUGAUUGUUGUUUGUUGACCUUAUAGCCUAUGAUCUUGCUAAACUCACUUAUUAAUUCCAGGUUUUUUUUGGUAGAUCCCCUUGAAUUUUCUACAUAGGCAAUAAUGUCAUUUAUGAAUAGGGACAGUUUUAUUACUACCUUUCUAGUAUAUAUGCUUUUAUUUCUUUUUGACUUAUUGCACUGAUGAGGACUUCCAGUACAAUGAUGAGUAGGAGUGGUAAGAAUGGACAUUAUUGUUUGAUCCCAAUCUUAGGGGGAGAGCAUUCAGGCUUUCACAUUAAGUAUGAUGUUAGCUAUAGGUUUUUUGUAGAUGCCCUUUAUCAGGUUGAAGAAUUGCCCUUCUGUUUCUAAUUUUGUUGAGAGUUUUUCAAUCAAUUGCUUUUUCUACAUCAAUUGAUAUGAUCAUGUGAUUUUUCUUCAUUGGACUAUUAAUAUGGUGGAUAAUACUGAUUUAUUUUUGAAUAUUGAACCAGCCUUUCAUUCCUGGGAUAAAACUGACUUGUUCAUGGUAUAUUAUACUUUAUACAUAUUGCUGGAUUUGAUUUGCUAAUAUUUUAUUGAGGAGGUUUGCACCUAUAUUCACAAGGGACAUUGGUCUGUAGUUUUCUUGUACUGUCUUUGGUUUUGUAAUCAGGGUAAUGCUAACCUAAAAAAAAUGAGUUAGAGAUUAUUUCUCCCUUUUUCCCUCUAUGCCAUUGAUUUGUUAGAGAAACCUGUUUGUUUAUUUUGUAGGGUGUCCCUCAUUGAUUUGCCUCGUUGAUUCCUCAUUGUGAUUUCUAAUUUAUUCCUGUGUUCUCAUGUUUCCUGUAAAUUGACAGUUAUAUCUAGAGGCUUGAUUAGACUCAGGUCCAACAUUUUUGCUCUGAAAACUUAAUAAAUGGUGUGGUAAAUUUUCUGAUCAUAAAUCAUGAGACACUUAAUACCUAGUUGUGUCACAUUUAGUGAUGCUAAAAUUGAUCAGUGGGUUUAAAUAUCAUUUGUUUGAUAAGCCCAUAAAAUUUCCUAUCAAACUUUCACCUAAUGGUUUUAACAUUCAUUGGUAAUUAUUGACAAGAUCUAUUAUUUCAUUACGGAUUGCAAAAGGUAAUUUUCUAAGUUUUUUUUACUCCUUUUGCAUUUAUUAACUUCCGUGAAGAAGAACUUUCAUCAGCUUUUUGUUUAGCCACUGGGUCUGCUAGGAAUGAGAACCAGAGUUAGGAGUGCAAGAGGUGUAUCGAGAGAUAACACUUGUGAAAGGGAAGGAAGCCCCAUUGGUCAGGAAGAACAGAACUCAGACCAUGAUACAGAUCUGGCAAAGUAUCAGCCAACCCAGUGGAGAACCAUGAAGUAAAGAUUGCCCAUUAGAAGAGUCCCACAUUGGACAGAAAUGGCCUGCCCUGAUCAGGUGUUGCCUGGGGACUGCCUGGGAAGAGGGUGGCCUAAGCUCAAAAACUAAGGUGGAUUGUAAGGCUGCUAACAGCUGGAAGCUGUCAGUUAAUUGUACUCCUUAACAACAAAAUCUGCAAGUUAUUUCUUGAAGGGAGAUCUAGGAGAUGUGCUUCAUUGCCGCCACAUCCUGAAACACAAUUUGUAAAUAAAAGGCAGGAUAAAUUCUUGAUUUUUUUUCCUCCAUCAGUUUUCAUAAUGAGCAGGUGCCUGAGCAACUUCCAAUGGUAUUUUUUUUUAGACCUCUUAGGUUUUGGAAUUUUUUAUGUAUUUCAGCGAAUUGCAGUUAUUCUUUUUGAUGCUCAAAUUGUUUCAUCUUAGUCCAUUAAGAGCCCCUUCAAGUUGGUUCCUGUAUCUUUUUUCUUUUUAUUAUGAAAAAUGGCAAACAUAUAUAAAACUGCAGGGAAAGGUACUUUUCUAUUUUCUGUGUAACCCAGCUUCAACAAUUUUCAACUUAUGGCUAAUCUUUAGUCACCUAUACCCCUAUCUACCUCCCAGUAUCAUGAAUUAUUUUAAAACAAAUACCAGACAUCAUGUCAUCAUGAGUCAUUUUGACAUGACCCAUCAUUUUUGAUGGCUUCCUUGCUUUCUGGAAGAACAUUUUCCAUACUCAUCAUGCACAAUUCCUGCCGAAGUUUAUUUUAGUGAGAUUUUUCUAAUUUCAAGCUCCUACCAAAUGUAUUUGUUUAUUUUACAUUCUGUUUCAUAAAACCUCUCUUGAAAUUAUUUUGGCUGCUAAAAGCCAUACUCUUUCUUCAGUUUUUAAUUCAAACCUAAACUCACCAAAAAUUUAUCUUGACAUAUCCCAUGAGAAGUUAAGUUCUAUUUUACAGUACAAAAUUAUAUAGGAUGUUCACUGUUGGGAGAAACAGAAGACUCAAAUCAAACUUGGCUUAAACAACAAAGAGAUCAAAAAACUUGAAAGCUCACAGGUAGGGCAGACUCAAAGCUCGUUGACUGAGUAGCUUAGCCUUGUCAUCAAGGACCCACUUUACCAGUUUAUUUCCCUGUUCUGCCAUUUAUAGUGCAGGCCUAAUUCUGAAACGGGAUCCUCUAAUGGUCAUGGAAUAGGCUUUCUUGUUCAUGUCUAGGGUGAGAGGAUGCAUUUCUAUCCAACAUGUAGAGGCAGUGGUCGGGCUAGUUUUGAUCAUAUGCCCUUCUCUAAACCAAUGACUGUAUUCAGGGAAAUGGACUGUGCAGUUGGUUUAAGCCAAUGAGGGCCCAUUUUGGGACAUGAGAUAAAAACAUUCAACCAAAGCACAUGGGGCUGGGUGGAGGGCUGGAUACCAGCAUGAAAAUCAGGACAAUAUUAGGAAGGAGAAAAUAUAGAAUAGAAGCCAAAUAGAUAACUAACAAAUACCUACUAUAACAACUACAAACUAGACUGUGAUUGUUGGGAUCAGUGCCUGAAGACUGCCAUAUCUCAAAUGAGACAUGAUCUCAUCUGUUCAUACCAUUAAAAAUUUUUUUAAUAUGACUUUUGUAGUAAAGAAUUCUAAUAUUCAUUCAUGCCCAGGUCUCCUUUCUGGACAUAUAAGAUUUUAUUUCCUGGUUCCGCUUACAAUCGGUCAAGGCUAUGUGACUUUUCCUAGUCAAUGGAUUGUGGCUGGAAGUGAUAUGUGUGUCUUCCCCUGUGGCAGCAAUUGUAGACGUGCUAUGGAGGUGAAUCAACACAUGGAAGAUAAGUGCUCUGGAAAGUCACAUGGACUUGCAGUGGACUCUGUUUGAGAUAGAAAUAAACUUUGUGUUGUCACUAAGAUUUGGGAUUUGUUACUGCAACAUAACCUAGUCCACCCUGACUGAUACAACAUUCAUUUUACAUAUGAUAUAUAGUUGAGGAAAUAGGACUAGUGUGACAACAUAUAUGUGUCUUAGUCAUCUAGUGCUGCUAUAACAGAAAUACUACAAGUGGAUGGCUUUGACAAGGAGAAGUUUCUUCUCUCACAGUCUGGUAGGCUAGAAGUCUGAAUUCAGGGCACUGGCUCCAGGGGAAGCCUUUCUGUCUCUGUUCGCUCUGGAGGAAGGUCCAUGUCAUCAGCCCUCCCCUGGUCUUGGAGCAUCUCAGCGGAGGAACCUUAGGUUCAAAGGUCACUGUCUGCUCCUGGCAUUGCUUUCUUGGUGGUAUGAGAUUCUCAUGUCUCUCUGCUCACUUUUCUAUUUUAUAUCUCAAAUAAAUUGGCUUAAGACACUAUCUAAUCUUGUAGACCUCAUCAGUAUAACUGCCACUAAUCCAUCUGAUUAUAUUGUAGUGAUAAGAUUUACAACACAUAGAGAAAUCACAUCAGAAGAUAAAAUAGUGGACAAUCAUACAAGGGAAUCAUGAUCCAGCCAAGUUUGAAGCCAACAACUAAUAUGUUCUUGCUCAGCAGACUAGCAAAUUGAAGUCCGUCAGAUUCGGAGUUGGAAGAACAGACAGGUUUAUUCACAGUUUGCAAACUUGGAGGCAGGCAGGGUCUCUCGACCUAAAGCUGCCACCACCCUGAACUAAGGCAGAUUUGCUCCUUAUAUAGGGAGUGACAUACAUAUUCGUGAACAGUGAGGGAGGAUCUUCAGUCCUCCAAUGUGUGUGCAGUCCGCAUAAUUUUUGUGAAUUAGUUUUUGCACACGGCUCUAAAAAUACUGGGCACAGCCCCCAAAAAAUGGUGAUGGCUCUCUCCUGCCACCCCAGCAAGGCUAUAUAGGAGGUAAAUUUGGAGUUGGUGCGCCUGCAACUCUACCUUCUGCCAGCAGAAGAGAGGAAACCUGGGGAAUCAACCAAACGUGGCAAAGUGUUGUAAAAGUUGUAGCAAAAAUGUAACAAGAGUAGACUUUUCUGAAAAACAACUCUUACGGGAUGGUCAAUAACCCUCUUCCCGCUUCAAAUGGGCAGAUAUAUUUGAUACAAUUCGAUCUGUAACAGUAUGUAACACCUUCAGUGAUCCUAAGAAACUGCCAUCAUGCUCACAUUUCAUGGGAAAUGAAUCAAAAUGAUGGAAUAUUGUUUCAAGUGCAAUGACUGCAGUGACAAGUAUUUCUGGAUAUGCCUGUUUAGUGUAAAGACCUAUGGGAUUAGUAUUCUAAAAACAACUUUCAUCAUUUCACUUCUGUGUGAAAACUCUUCAAUAGUCCCAUUAUUAACUGCAGAAUAAACUUUACAUUUCUUACUUAACCUUGCAUCAAAGCCUUCUGUAUUUUGGUCCUGACCUACUUUUGCAGAAUUAUGAACCAUUCUUUUAAAUUGCAUCAACAUGUUCAGCAUUGUUAAUAGUUCCUACCCAUGGGCACAGCCACAGCACCUGAAAAAUGGGAUGUCGUUCAGCUAUCCUUUUGUUCAAACUCCCUUACAAGCCUACUAUAUCUAGCUGACUCUGAUUUUAGACAUUUUGCAUUGGAAACUGGUGAAGACAAUUGCCUAUCAAAAAUCUAUUCUCCCUUCUGUUCUAAAUAAUAGAAUCCCUAUAUUAUUGGGACAAUGUGCUCAGCUUUAGCUGUAUUUCCCAGCCUCUCUUGGAAAUAGAUACAGUUAUGUGAUCAGGUUGUAGACAUUAUUGAAACUUAAGGCACCGUCAAGGCUCUGUUUGCCUUCUGCCCUUCUUCCUGCCUGCUGCCUGGGAAAUGGAUAUGAUGACUGGAGCUCCAGUAGCUGUCUGGGACCCUGAGGUAACUUUGAGAAUGGAAGCCUGAGAAGGGCUGAGAAUGGCAGAGGAGAAUAAUAGAAAGGAGCCUGGGUCUCUGGUGACUUUUUGUAGUCAUUAUAUCAGUUCUUGGCUACCUAUCUUUAGGACUUCUUUCACUGUAUUUCACUGACUUAUAAAAUGUACCAUUAUUUAUGUACUAGUAAGGAAAAAGAAACACCACCAAAGUGGCUCAAUGCUUUCUUACGGCAUCAACAGUGAGAUCAUUCUGAUUUCAGAAAUGUUAAAGUGACAGAAAAAAAUGUGUCUUACAAUCAAUGAACUAUAUUUUAAGAGAAUUGCCUCGUGUUUAAGCCAUCAUUAUUUUGUUCAGUUACAUUACACACAGCUUAUUUUCAUUCUAACUGAUGCAGGCUAGUUUUUACCUUUCUGCCUGUCCAGGUUUUGGCCUUAAAAUUUCUUGAGGUUCCUGACUCCACCUUCAUCAGAGGGCCAUUAUUUUAAAAAUCAAUUUUAUUGGAGUGUAAUAUUCAUAUUGUUAACAUGCACCCAUUUUAAGUAUACAUUUUGAUGAGCUUUGAGAAAUGCAUCCACUCAUUUAACUUCCACCAUGAUCAUAGGGUAACUGAGUCAGAAUUGACUCAACAGCAAUUUUUUUUUAUGAACAAGAAAAUAUAGAACAUUUCCAUCACCCAUUAUGCCCAUCCUAAUCAAUUCUCUCCUACCCCAGCCCUAGACAACCACUGAUUUACUUUGUCAUUAUAGGUUAGGUUUGUCUUCUCUAGAGCUUUAUAUAAACAGAAUCAUACAAUAUUUACUCUCUUGUAUCUGGCUUUUUUCACUCAGCAUAAUAUUUGAGAUUCAUUGGUGUUGUUGCGUGUAUGUAGUGUAUUUCUUUUUAUUGCUGAGUAGUAUUCCAUUGUAUGGAUUUACCACCAUCACCAGGUGAUGGACCUUAGGGUUAUUUCUAGUUUGGAACUAUUUUGAGUAAGGAUGCUAUGGAUAUUUGUGUAGACACACAGUUACUUUUGAUCCCCCUGCAGCCAUGGGCCAGUCCUGUCUACUGCUGUAUCUUGCCCUGGCUCUAAGCAUCCCACGGCUCUUGUUACCCACCUCUGCCCUCUAUCUGCUUGUCUAUAGAUACUGGCUGGUUAAAGAUAAAGGCAUUAAGAAUAGAAAUCAUUACCUUUCCCUGCUGCUUUUCCCAUUCCAUUUUCUAAAUAUGAUCAUAAAAGAGAAGAGUUAAAUAUACCAGAAUAUGACAGCAGAGGACAGUGUCCCUGGGCACAGAAAUAUAGAGGUAUAGGCUUCCAAACUAAUUUUCUAUCCUAUUAGAGCCAGUGGGGAAAGAACUCGAGCUUUGGAGUCAGGCAGGUCUGCCAUCAUAUCCCAGAUUGACCCUUUACUAGUGUGAAAAUUUGGAAAUACAACAUAUCUUGCAGAAUGUAAGAAUUAAAUGCAUUCGUUUAUUUGACAAAUACAUGUUAGCACCUAUAUGUGCAAAACCCUGUCCUAUAGUCUGGGGAUACAGCAGUGAGCAAAACAGACAAAAAUACCUGAUCUCAUGGAGGGAGCUUACAGUCUAGUGGAGGGAAAUGGACAACAAAAACAAAAGAAUCAAAACCUUUAUUAUAUUAGAUGGUGAUGUGUUCUAUAGAGAAAAACAGAACAGGGAAGGGGAAUAGGGAAGGCUGGAGGCAGGAAGUGCUGUUGUUUCAUUUAGAUGGCCAGAGAGGCCUCUUAUAUUAAGGUAGGGUCAAAGCAGAGACCUAAAAGAAGUGAGGGAAUGAGUCUUGAGGACCUGUGGGAAGAGUGUUUCAGGUCAAAGGAAGAGAUUUCGAGCCUGGGGGAUGCCUGGUACAUACAAGAAACAGCAAGGAGGCCAGAGUGGCUGCAGUGGAGAGACCAAGAAGGAGAGUGGCAGGAGGUGAAUCAGAGUGGUUAAAAGGGGAUCAGAUCAUGUAGGGACUUGUAGACCAUUGUAAGGGCUUUGGCUUUUACUCUGGGUGAGAUGAAAAGCCAUCGUAUAGGGUUUUGGAAAAGUAGUGAGAGAAUCUGACUUCCUUUUUAAAAGAAUUCUUCUGGCUGCGGGUUUAGAUAUAAACUGUUGGGGACAAAUGUGGAAUUAGGGAGGUCAGCAAGGAGGCUACUGUAAUAAUCCAGGUGGGGUAGACCAGUUUGGUAGCAGUAUAGGUGAUAAGUGAUUGAAUUCUCAGUAUAAUUUAAAGGUGAAGCUGACAGAAUUUACUGAUGCAUAGGAUGUAUGAUGUGAGCAAAGGAAAAGGAGUAUGUAUGACUCCAAAGUUUUUGACCUUGGCAACUAGAAAGAUGAAGUUGCCUUUUAUUGAAAUGCAGAAUUCUGUGAGAGGAGCUUUUUGGGGUGGUGAGAUGAUCAGGAGUUAGAUUUUGGACAUGUAAAGUGUAAAAUGCCCAUUACACAUGCCAGAAGAGAAGUUGAGUAGGCAGAGAUAUAAAUUUAGUUUGCUGCAGUAGAGACAUAAAUCCAGGAGUUCUCAGCGUAUUACAUGAGAUAAUGUAUCUAAUGCAGAAGUACUCAAUAAUACUCAAUGAAUGACAGUCUUUGGAGACCUUCGAAGUUCCAGAUUUAUACGUAUAAAUGCCUACUGGACAUCUCCAAAUGGGCAUGUCUCAGGCAUCUAAAAAACUCAACUCCUCUGUCCUGUUAAACCUGCAUCUCCUCCUGAAUCCAACUCUUAAUAUGCUACCCAGAAACCUGGGAUUCAGCUUUGACUCCUUCUUACCCACCUCCCCCAUCCAAUCAGUCACCACAUCCCAUUGAUUCUUGUCAAUAUUUCUUCAGUCUGUUCCCUCCUUUCUAUUCACAUCACCAUUGCCUUAGUCUUAACGCUUCUUGUCUAAAUUACUACAACACUCUUUGUCACUUUCCCUUUAGAUUUAUCACUCGGUCUUUACCAUGCAUCAUUAUAUCAAUCCUCUAUUUCAAAUUCUUAAAGGCUCCCCAUCUCAGGAUGAAAUACAAACUCCUUAGCAUGAAUUAGAAGGUCCCUACUUCCCUUUUUAGCCUUAGCUUUCACCCUCUUCUCGCUUGUACUUUGCAUUUCAGCCUAACCUAUUUAUAUCUCUGCCUUGGAGUCCCUGGGUGGCACAUACGGUUAAGUGCUUGGCUAAAAACUGAAACUUUGGUCGUUCAAAUCCACUCAGAAACACCUUAGAAAAAAGGCAUAGCAGUCUAAGAUCGCAGCCAUUGAAAACCUGCAGUUCUACUUCAAAACACACGGGAUGGCCAUGUGUCAGAAUUGCCUCAACAGCAACUGGUUUGUUUUUAUCUCUGAGUCAGUCUUCAAAACUAAAUUCAAGGCUCACCUCUUCCAGGAAGCAUCUCUUGACUGUCUCCUGGUAGGCUGGUACCCUACUCUGUGCACCUAUAGCAUCCCAGGUGUUCCUCUGUCUUAACCAGGGCUUUGAACUGGUUCAUUCCAGUUUGAACCCCUGCUGCGAAUACUUAUUUCUAACAAGUUCCCAGCCAAUUCUGAAAACCACCAGUAGAGUAAAAAAACUUGUCAAAGAGUUGAUUCCGACUCAUAGCGACCCUAUACGACAGAGCAGGACUGCCCUACAGGGUCUCCGAGGAGCGGCUGGUGUAUUUGAACUGCCGACCUUUUGGUUAGCAACCAAACUUUUAACCACCGUGCCACCAGGGCUACACUAGUAGUGGUUCUCAAAUUUAUUAUACAUGUCACCUGGGGAUCUUGUUAAACUGUAGAUUCUGAUUCAGUAUACCUGGGUGGAAAUGCAAAUUCUCAGCAGUGGGUGAGCCAGAAUGAACCAGUUUGAGGCCCUGGUCUUAGCUUUGCAAACUUACUGUCAGUGUCUAUUUGCUGAGCUUAUAAACACUUCUUUGCUAUGAGCUGCUUGAAACUAAUAAUUGAGCAUUCUCCUGUAUCUCUAGCCUUUAUCACAGAGUCAGCUGUAUAUUAAGUAAUGCACAGAUGUUUCCUGAAUGAAACGAGUGGCUGAAUAAAAAUCAGUGUUGAGAGAAGUUUAUCUCAUGAAAUCAUUGUAAUGCUGCUUACUUGAAUGUUUUUAUAUGCUUCCAGACAGGUAAUAAUUAUGUCAGCAAGAAUAGUGCCCUUCUCCUCUCCUUGUUCUUGCUAGAUCUUUAUGUCUCCUGUUCUAGCCAUUGUUUUAUUUUUGCUUGGAAAUCAAAAUGCUUUUAAUGUACCUUGUAAAUGAUAAUAUAUUCUUGAUUUUUAAAAAUUAAUUACAUUCAACUCUUGCUGAAUGAGUAAUGUAGAAAACAAUUUGGUAAAUGGUUCAGCAUGUCAAUUUUUGUAAUAAUGAGCUUUGGUGUUCUACCGUGUCUGGAAAACUGGCAUGCUUCUAUGAAGAUUAAAAUCAUGUUUUAAAAUAACCUUCAAGGGAUGUGUCAAGGAAUAAAAUUAAUAUAUGGUUAGAUGGGGGGGCGGUAACAGUAUGCAUGGUGUCAUCACGUACAUAUAAAAUACAGCAGGCCUUACAGAUGAUUUUUAUUUUCUUCUUUGUGCUUUUCAUUUCAGCCUAGCUGCGUUUUGUUUUUCUCUCUUUCUUGGAGUCGAACCUUUUUAUAUCAAACCUGUGUUAUUCUGGUAAUGAUUUCCCAACCCCUCAAAAAUUCCUAUUAUUUUUAAAGUAUCAUAAACUGAAAAUAAAAGAAAUAAGAUUUUAUUUGCAUGAUGGCUUGAGAGAAAUAUUGAAGGCCUGCAAACUUUGGCAAACUGCAAAAUUGAUAUCAUUCUGGAGUAUUAGAAAUUCCUAGGGUUCUUUGAUGAAAAAAAGUCUGUAAAAAUAUUUUAUGAAUUAUUUGUGUAAUUAUUAGUCUAAUGGCUGUGUCCUCCUCCACAAACUCCAUGAGGGAAGGAGUCUUGUUUGCUACUCUCUACCCAGUGCCUAUCACAGAAUAUGUGUUCAAUAAAGAUUUGGCAAAUGUAUGGAUAUUCAGUUUUGAUAAUUGGUGAUUAUUUUGUAGGAGAAAUCUGUACCCCCAAGUGAUCUGAUGGCUUUACAAAUUCCUCAUGUUAAAUUCUGAAUUCCUGUCACUGAAGAUCUACUCAUCUAUUCCACAAUGUGCUUUUCUAGCCCAAUAGUAUGAUACAUACAACCUCCAUUCAAACCACUCAAGGCUGUUACCUCCUUAACUAUUGAUAGUUCUCUGCCUAAAGUCUUUUAAUGCCCAGCUCAAAUCCAAAAUCUUCCUUUAAACUAUUUUAACACAUGCUUAUUUAACUUCUUGGACUGUUAAUUUUUUUCUUUAACAUUUUUAAGGCUUUCUUAUUUUUCUGCAUGCUCUAUCCUCAGGGAAUAGGGCAGCCCUUUAAGUAUGGUAAAUAUCCAAUACAUAUUUAAUUAUUUUCUCAACAACCUAUUUA